CAUUGUGAUCGCUUACGGAUAUUAACGAUCACUUGUUCUUCGCAUGUUGUUGGUGGAGGGCGUAUGCGUGUGUGUAGAGUUUAACCAAAUUCAACGUUUAGUAAAGAAAUACUAAUAGAAGGGCCUAAGAGCAAAAAAAAAUUAACAGAAAAGAAAAUAAUAAUAUGAAACAAUUAAAUUAUUCUGUGAAAUAAUUAUUUAAUCAAUAAAGAGUUACGACUUUGUGUUCGGUGGUGUUUGUCAUAAUGGAUGCCGACAUUAGUUCUCCCGAGUCGAAACAAUCUCGCUCUAAGCCGGUGGAAACACUUGUGUUGGCAAACUAUGCCGCUAAGGCGGAGCAGAAGCGUGGUGGUGUUGGCAAUGGCCGCAAAGAGGAUGAGCGCAUUACGACAGCUGUUAUGAAGGUCUUGGAGGGAUACGAUUGGAACUUGGUUCAAGCAACCGCCAAAGUCCCUUCGGACCGCAAAAAGGAUCACAUCAAGCGACCAAUGAAUGCGUUUAUGGUCUGGGCACAGGCAGCACGACGGGUAAUGUCCAAGCAGUACCCCCAUUUACAAAACUCAGAGUUGAGUAAAUCACUCGGAAAAUUGUGGAAAAACCUCAAGGAGUCCGACAAGAAACCAUUCAUGGAAUUCGCGGAGAAGCUGCGACUCACACACAAACAGGAGCAUCCCGACUACAAAUAUCAGCCGCGCCGCAAAAAAGCGCGCGCACUCCCAGCCAGCGGGGUGCAGUGCGACGAUGUGCUGUCUGCGACGACAACCACAAACUCUACCGCAAAACUGUCCUGUGAAACAGAAACGGAUUGUGCAACUGGCGCCUUUCAGUCAAAGAGCUGCAGUGGGACGGCCGCUAUCCGGAAGGUAAUGGGCGGAGGUAACGCAGCAACCGCAAAUCGAAUUAGUGGGCGCAUCAUUAAGCCAACGUCACAGCCGUGCCAUAACAGCGGUAAAAUGGAUGCGCUGAGCAGCUACAGCACGAACGCGACUUUUCGCAAUUCGAAUACCAGCAGUAAUGGCGCUAUCACAUGCGCCGCGGAUAUGCUGAAUAGCGAGGCUUUCAUUAGCUCGUUGAACAGCGCAUGUGCCGCUUCAUUGCAGAACGCUGCUAACGGUGGACUCAUACCCGAAUUGGCGGGACUUGAUUUCGGGCAACAGUCGCAGCAUUAUGAUUAUGCGCGUCCAAUGGAUUCACCCUGCUCAACGGCGAGUUCAUUGCAAUCGACUGGCGCCAGUACUUCCGUCGAUGGACAGCCGCUCACACCUCCUGCCACACCAUAUACAUUAAGUAGCGGCAGUCUGCUAAGCGCCACUUUAAACGACAAACGUACGCCCACGCAGGUACAGCUAUCACAGGCACAAAACUUAUUACGACCACUCAGUGCAGCUGCUGUGGUGGACUCGGAUGCUGUCGUCGGUUAUGGUGUGCUAGGGGAUGGCACCCGCGAGUACAUUUCUUUAGAUGAAAGCCAGUAUAAUUCUGGGCUGCUGGAUUUUCACCGUUCUACCCAUGAACUAUUGACGGCUAACGAGUUAGCUUCAUCAAACUACAAUUCAGCGGGCGGUUUAAGCGGGGGACGCAUUUUUAAUCCAGAUACAACUGCGAGCGAAAGCUAUAAUAAUUAUGCCACCGGCCAGUACCUUGCCUACAAUUACGUUUCAAAUACAGAUGCCUGCAAUUCGCCACAUUCCAUUGGAGUCUUGAAUUACUUGGAGUCCGCAUCAUCUGCAUCGGGGGUGGUGGGUGCAGGCAGUAACAGCAACUGCUCUAACAAAUCGCCCUCGGCAUGUUCAAUGGGCAAGUUCUCAGCGGUGCAUAGCUAUUUAGCGCCGACUUCGAUGAGCAAUAGCGACAUUGAUCCAAAGGAAAUUGACCAAUAUCUCAUGGAUCAAGUGAUGGUGCCUCUGACCCAGGCCGAAGCUUCACAAUUGCCGCCACGGUCGGUGUCCGCAGUGUCAACGACAUGCCCUUCUAGUACCUCAGUCUCGUCCGGAGCUGGCGCGGUGUGUACAACAAUAACCAAAGCGCCGUCGGUAGCAACAACAAGCCCAAGGGGCAGCUCAUGCAUAAGGUCCAUCGGCGGUAAAACGAAUAGCGCCGUUGGAGAUGGGGGCGAAGCCAAUAAUUCUGUGAAAUCCUCUGCUUCAUUUCAAUUGCUCCACAAAUCACAUCCACAGCAACAACAAAACGAUGUUUUAGAGCUGCAAUCGAUACAUCGGAUAUCAAGCACAACAACAUCAUCAUCGACAUCACCAGCAGCAACGAAUGGCAUUUCCAGUGAAUACGGCGCGAACAGCGCCAGCAACGCCAAUGAGAGUUGCAACAACAACAACGGCGGCAUGGGUGGCAGCAAUGUAGGGAGCUCCGGUAAUUGCUUUUAUGUGAGUGGCAUUGACAUGAACGCGUCGGCGUUGUCAGUCUCCCAUGGUUAUCAUCACCAGCAGUAUGGACCACAUCACCUAUCGCAGCAGCAGCAGUCCUCGCCACAUCACCAAGCACAACGCGACCAGCAGCAGUCGCACCACCAACAACAGCAACAACAUAUAUGGGGUAGUUAUGUCAGUCCAUAACCAGCUUUAUCGGGUGCUUGGCCAGCCGACGAGCUUUCAAAAGCUGCUCAUUUACUCUUCCAUCCGCUGCAGUUGUUCGCGUGCUCAUCCGACUUUACUGCUUGGCAAUUGGUCACAUAAGUAGUCCCAAACCCAUACUUAAAUGUUCGUACAACUCGACAAAUUGGCAUGACUAAAUAUUUUCCCGGUUGAGAGGAGUUGCAGUUCGAUUGUACAUUUCACGACGCUUAACGUUUGCUUAACUGCUCAAUUUUCGGAGCGGUUAAUUAUUUCGGACUGCCUGGGACUUCUGUAACUUUGUCACUUAAUGUCAAUGCAUGAUUAAUGGAACGAUCGAAGAGCCUCCAGCAAUUGGAGCGCCAUAUGAUUUUUAUACCGUUUGGUUCAUAGUGUAAUUCCAGUCUAUUUUUUUUAUAAAAAUUGCAAAAACAUUUUUGUCUAGAAAGUACUAAGAAUGGGAUUAAUGAAAAUUUCAUUAACUAUUUUGCUCUUUAUCCUAUGAAGUUAUAGUAAGUAAGCGAAUGUUAGUAAUUUUAAGUUA